UGACCACCAUCUCUCACCCCUCUCACCCCUCUCACUCAAAGCUUCAUACUAGUCAUAUUUCCAUCCAGGAACGAAUUGUCAGAUACCAAGCAACUAAGUCACAUAUAAUACCACGUUUGUCCUAUACGUCUGAGAAAGAAUGGCACCUCAAGUAAACGGCGAGACUCCCUCAUCUGUCUUCCUCGACCAUCUCACAUCUUAUCCUCUCAUCCACGACUCCAUCUCUACCUUCAAGUCUAACCCCUAUGGCCAAAGAUCCAUCGACCUGACUGCAACCUCUUACGAGAAGUUUGGCAAACCAAUCAUUCCAUAUCUCCAAAAACCCUACCAAUAUGUCUCGCCUUACGUCGCGAAAGCCGAUGAGCUUGGCGACUCUACUCUAUCCACCAUUGAAUCGAGAUUCCCUGCCGUCAAGAAACCUACUGGCGAACUCUAUAGUGAUGGAAAAUACUUUGUGUUCUAUCCGAUAACCAAAAGUAACGAGGGAAAGGAGUAUGUGUUGGGCAAAUACAACAACGAGGUCAAGAAGACGGAAGAUCAGGGUUACUUUGGCUACGGAAAGGCAGUCGUCAGCACAGGAUUGAUCGUAUCAAGUGAGGCCUUCCAAUGGCUGAGCCAAUUUCUAUCAGCCAAGAAGGCAGAGGCCAAGGAAGUAACCAACGAGAAGAUAAACAACUAAGAAACAGAGAAGGAUGAGAAUAGGAAGUAAUGAGACGCGAUUGUCGGUGGAAUGGUAAAUAAGGCGAUGCUAUUUCUUUUAAAUGAAUCGGAAUGUGGGAAAUGAAUGAUGGAAUGAAGAGAAAUGAAGCUACAUAGCAGUCGUACAUUAAUAAGGUUACAUUCUGGAUUCUCCA